CCUAGAAGUAGUAUUCCAUUAGUGAUUGUAAUGAGCCACAAUGGUGUUGAUUGAAAAACAUGUGUCAAUUGCUGAUUUCAAGUAUCAACUACGCUAAUUAAUUUAUGUGUUUAUUUGUACAGAAGUGAAGAGGUUAUAAUUUUUAGUUAUAGGCCAAGCAUAAGAAUAGGUUCAUCGUAAUGUUUUAUUUCUAUGACCUGAAUUGAAUGCAUUCUUGUGAGAAGUUACACCUUGCUCAAUUUAGUAGGUAAACGUCGACCGUUUGUGUAUGCAGAUAUGCCCAAAUUUCAACAUCCAAAUACAAGAAAGAAAUAACUUCAGAAAGAUUAUGGGAUCCCUAUAUGUGACAGGCUCUGGGAAAACCAGACUAUUGGAGCAGAAUUUAGUAUUGAGCUACAGCUAAAUUUAUACCUACAGUAAAAAAUCUCAAAUAAAAUAUUAUUGGUGUAUAAGUAUCUGCAGUCCUUCUACUACAUCUCUGUAAAAUCUGAUGCUCUAAAUCCAACUCUUUCCAUCGAAACGCUUCGUCCAAACUUUCACUAUUACCUUAUUUUUCCUAAUUAAGCAAUCUUUGAGAGCCGUUUUUCUCGAUACUACAUUUUACGGCUUCAAGUUUCCAACGCGCAUAACUCGGGUAUGAAACUAGGUAUGUGAACACUAAGCAUAUCAUUGUGUAGGCAAUGCUCUGCUCUAUCACUUGGUACAUUAAUCAACAAAAUUUUAGUCUGCUCCAAUAGUCUGGUUUUCCCAGAGCCUGUCACAUAUAGGUUAAAAAGUCAUAAAAGAACAAGAAAGUUUUUUCGUAUUUUUGUAACUUACAAGCUUCAUUUCAGUUUAUAUUUCACAAAAAUGUCAUAAAUAUCACAAUAAUAAUGGCAGGCCUGAUCAUAUACAUGACGUCAACCGUAACACGGAUGGUCCUUCCUUAAUCUAUGAAUAGUCUUAGUUAAGUUAAGGCCUUACAACAAAAUGCUUUCAUGGUUUUACUCGAUCAACUAGCUACGGUCAACUUUAAUAAAUUAAGUAGAGUGUCAUGUGACCCAAGCUCCGCCCUCACUAGUAAUUGCAGACGUUUGCCACCCACGCACGUGAUAAACAUUCCAAAGCGAUGACUCAACGUUGAGAUGUACAGCAUUGGCUAUGUACGAGACUGUACAACAGAUCUAGAUUGUCCUUUCGCACUACCAAAUUUGCUGGUAGUCUUUGUAUCCAUAUUGCCCGAGUGGUAAUCGAUAGAUUGGCAUGACUGCGAGACCCUGCAUUUUCAAAAACUUAAAAUAGUGCACACCGUCAGUUUAAAAUACUUGUUAGUUGCGGCAAGAGUUCAUAAGAAGAGAAGAGUAUCGAACUGCCUAUACUGCUACGUAAAAACUGUGCACAAAGUAACGUGACAUCCUGUUAGAUGCACGUGAGAUAAUCGCAAUUGAUGACGUUGCACACGAGCUUGCGCCUCAUUACGCAACGCAAUCACGAGUGCUAGUACUAGUAGGGCCGCCCAUAGAGUGCUAGUACGAGUAUCGAGUACGAGUAAUGGAGGAUCAACUGGACUCUUUUUCUCUCUACUUAGAUGAUGAUUGUGAAGAUGUUGAGGUUGAGGUUGAAGCUGAAGAGAGCUGCAGUCAAGUUCCAGUUCCAGGUGGUAAAGCUGGGCGUAAGCGAGGUCGAGGCAAGGGUGGUGCUGCUGCCUCUGGAUCUGCUGUGAAAAGGAAACGUCGAUUGUUGAACAAGGAAGAAAAGGCUCAAGUCAUGCUCUCUAUAUGUAAUGUCGACAUUCGUGACCUUCUUUCCUACGUGAAAGACACAGUUUCCGGUGAAAAACACUUAGUUGAGAGCGUUGCUAGGCAGGAGUUUUGGAAAUGUCUGCAAAUCUCUGAGACUUUGGUCAGUGAAUUGUUGGUCAGUGAAUUGUUGCGCACACUUGCAAGUUUGUUUGGUUUACUCUACAAAAACUGUGACAAGGGUAAAGACAAGUACAUGAAAUUCCAAUUGGAGUGGCAUCAAUGUUGUAGUGAAAAAACUUGUCUGAUGUAGGUAUUGAUUCCAAAAAGAAAGUGGAGCUUGCCCACUUCCAGCAGCGAUGGAUUGGAUAUUGUGAUGGAAGCUGUGCCGACAAGCAUACUAGGGAUGCUGUGAUGAUAUCAGUUUGCAGUGCUGUGUACAAUUACCUUCUCAAGCGUGUGUCACAAGUUCAGCAGUCAUUAUUGAUGGAACCCACAAGCAGUGGCAUAUUAAAAGGGGAUAUAGACUCUGUUUAUUACCGUUUCUGUGGAGCAGCUCUCGCAAGCAUGCUACAUGCUCGAUACAAUAAACGUCAAUCGUGUAAAAACGAUCAGAGAGAAACUAUAAACCAGGAAAUAGAAGUGCUGAGAUGUAUUCAGUGUACAGACAAGGAUCACAUUCCUGGAGAACUAAAGUAUCGUGAUCGAGGACACAUGUACUUCCCUUCCAAGGAUUUUUUGACAGUCCUAAGGGGAAUUGAUAGUUGUGUCAUGGAAAAUGCAAACGAAUCUACUUUAAGAAAGUAUGGUCCCGACAUGAUCGAUGUUGCCGUGAAGCAAGUAGAGGCUACUCAAAAGUUUCAAUGCCAAUUUAAAUCUUUGGUUACAAACUGUCUGUUGGAAAAGGAUGGUACUGUUGAUGUACUAACGUUUGACCUCGCUAUUAAAGUGGUGUACAAAGAACUUUGUCGUAAACUAUGCCAUACUCGUCUUGGCGAAUAUAUAAGUGCGACGCAGCAAAACUUGGCUGCUUUAAAAGGGAAGUCGACUCUUGCUGGCCAAAAUUUAAGAGAUGAACUAUUGACAUCACAUGUGAACACAAAGUCAUUUUUGAAUUAAAAAAAAAUUUCACGUCACAUGCAAUAAUUACAUUACAAAAAUUA